ACUGAGUGUGUUCCUUCGUGCAGCAAAAGAAGGGAGUCUGUCAACUGACAGUGGUCAGUAUUCGGCUGUUUUGCGCCACAUGGACCACCUUGCCUCCUCAGCAGCCAGUGCUGAAAUUCAAGGGCGUGCAAAGAAGAUUAGGAAGGGAAUGCACGAGAUUAAUUUCUGCGCAUUUAGCCAUUUCCUGGCUGACGUGUUUAAUGAACUGGCCUCGCUCAGUUGCGUUCUGCAGAAGAACGACCUCAUUCUUCCUCAAGCCAUCUCAGCGCUGAGAAAGACAGUGAUGGUGUUGCAGGCUAUGCAGGAAACACCGCAAAGAGGGGGCAUGCUAUGUCAGUUCAUGGAAUGUCUACAAGGGCAGGAAGAGAUCUCAUUUCAGGGUGUACCACUCUCGGGAGAUGUCACAGGAAUGCAGCAGAGGCUACAGAGAAACAUCACCUCUGUCAUCACCACCACUGUGGAAGCCAUUAACGCCAGAUUCGGCAGUCUCAUUAAUGAGGACUCCGAAGACUACUCUGCAGUGAAUUGCAUGAAAAUCUUUCAUCACGACACCUGGCCUGAGAAUACCAAUGAACUGGUUGAUUAUGGAAACGAUCAGUUGGAGGCCCUAAUGGAGCAUUUUCGUCAUGUCCUUACAAGCUCUGGAUGCCAGAUGGAUGCUUUGCCAGGGGAAUGGCAGAGUUUGAAGACCCUUGUAAGCUACACGUUUAAGGACCUACAGCAGCUUAUGGCAAACAGCUUCAACCAAAGAGCCAUACAGAACUGACUACAAGAACAUCCUACACCUUGUGGACAUUCUGUUGGUCCUCCCAAUUUCAUCUGCACAGUGUGAGCGAGGCUUCUCUGCGCAGAAACGCCUCAAAAGCUCUUUGAGGAGCUGCUUGCAUGUCUCCACCACAGAGGAUCUUAUCAGGAUCACAACAGAGGGCCCCUCACUUGAAUUAUUUGAUCCCACUAAAUGUGCCGAAAACUGUCUGUCAGCUGGAAAAAGGUCACGUCGACCCAACUACAAGUCAUGGCCAAGUGAUUCCGAGUCCGACAUGAUUUUUGUGUAGCCUAAAUGUGAUAUUUUUUUAUUUAUCUUUUUAGUAAAUUGGUGCUGUUUUGUGUAGCCUAAAUGUAAUCUUGUCUAUUUGUAUUAAUUUAGUUUUAGUAAGUUGGUGCGGUUGGUGUGUGCAAUUUCUGCACCCUAAUAAAUGUUCUGAACAAAAA